AUGUGACUUUCACCCUCUCCCCAGGGCAGCUUCUUCCUGAUGUCAUCACAAACCCCUCUGAUCUACUGGUUUCCCUGGGUUCCAUCCCAAGCAAUUGUGCCAUCAGGUUCCCCGCCCCAGGGGGCCCCUAGGGAGGCAAGGAGGAGAUAUCUGAACAUCAGUCCAGCACAAAAGAAUCCCCCACCCCAAGGGCUGCUCAUCUGCCCUGGGCACUCAGAACACACAUGACUCACCCCACCUGACCUCAGACAAGUGUCUUUCCAGGAAGUCCCAGGGUCCCAGCAUUCCUUGGAGCAAACUGAACCCCUGAUGUCCCUAACCCUUUGCUAGCACCCUCUGGCUCCACAGAAGCAGCCAACAUGCCUAUUUUCAAGUGCCCGCAAAAGUCAGAGCCCCUGUGGAAGGAGUGGGACCAGAAGGCCCAGAAGAACGGACUGAGGCACCAGGUGUUCGCUGUCAAUGGCGACCACUACGUGGGUGAGUGGAAGGACAACAUGAAACACGGGAAAGGAACACAGGUCUGGAAGAAGGACGGAGCCAUCUAUGAGGGGGACUGGAAGUCUGGGAAGCGAGAUGGCUAUGGCACCCUCAGCCUUCCUGACCAAGAGACCGGAAAGUACAAGAGAGCCUACUCAGGCUGGUGGAAAGGCGAUAAGAAAUGUGGCUAUGGGAUCCAGUUUUUCGGACCCAAGGAGUAUUAUGAGGGUGACUGGUGUGGCAACCAGCGCAGCGGGUGGGGCCGCAUGUACUACAGCAACGGAGACAUCUACGAGGGCCAGUGGCAUAACGACAAGCCAGAAGGGGAGGGCAUGUUGCGCCUGAAGAAUGGGAACCGCUAUGAAGGCAACUGGCAGAGAGGUGUGAAGAAUGGGUCGGGGCGUUUCUUCCACCUGGACCAUGGUCAGCUAUUUGAAGGCUUCUGGGUGGACGACGUGGCCAAGUGUGGCACAAUGAUUGACUUCGGCCGCGAUGAGGCCCCCCAGCCCACCCAGUUCCCCAUUCCUGAGGUCAAACUUCUAGAUCCCGACGGUGUGUUGGAGGAAGCCUUGGCCAUGUUCAAGAAGACAAAAGAAGGAGAUUGAAGCCAGAGAGAACACCAGCACUUCAGGAGGAAUUCAAACUGGAGUCACCCAACUGCUCGGACCGGUGCGGCUCCUGUUGGAGGAGCAAGUGGGGACACACCCUUGGCACCCUCAGAAGACACCUUACUCCUCCCAGCACUGGCUCAUUCCUUCCCAGGAGGAGGCCAGUGCUUCUCUCCCCUGCUGGCCUGGGGGACCCUCUUGUUACUGCCUUUGUUCUUGGACCUCAUCUCUGAGUGCACCAGAAUAAAGGAGGACCCUGGUGGCAA